AAAGGAAAGUCUACUAAUCAAGAUUCAACCAGAUUUUGUUUAAUAAACAAAAGGGUUCAACAAGAAUUUGUUAAAGAACCCAAAAGAUUCAACGAGGCGACUGUCCUGACGGAAGCACAAGACCCACUUUUCCAGAUCUCUCAAUUUGUUUUUCCCCGACUCGCUGAUGUUCAAGUGAAAUAAACGUCUGUGGGAAUCGAGCGCCUCUCGAGUUAUACACUGUAGAAGUCGUUCGUCGUACAGCUACGACGUGUGUAUCCGAAAGGCAAACAGAAAAUUUUCAGGACAAUUCAGAAAACUUAUCCUAUAAUGAAUUUUGGAAGUCCUUGAUUUGGAUCCCACAAAUAGCUACUAUGAUAGGGAGGAAGAACACAGGACAGGCUUCCCCACUGUUUUUGAUUCUCUUGGCUCUUGCUUUCUUCUUUGUUACUUAUAAUUUGGUGAUAGCUAUUAUCCGGUAUGGAUCCGUGGGAAGGGGAGUUGGACCUAACUCGUACAAUCGUUUAUCGAUCGACCCUGUCAUUGAAAUGCCAGAGAAUGUGAAAAAGCAGGAGACAAAGUUGCCUUACCAUGUUGCUUUGACAGCGACCGAUGCUCCAUACAGCCAAUGGCAAUGUCGAAUUAUGUAUUACUGGUACAAGAAGAUGAAACACUUGCCUGACUCCGAGAUGGGAGGGUUCACUCGUGUUUUGCACUCGGGAAAGCCCGAUAACCUUAUGGAUGAGAUUCCUACUAUGGUGGUGGAUCCUCUUCCUGAUGGUGUGGACCGGGGUUACAUUGUUUUGAACAGACCAUGGGCCUUCGUGCAGUGGCUGGAAAAGGCUACAAUAGAGGAAGAAUAUAUAUUAAUGGCAGAACCAGAUCAUAUAUUCGUUAAUCCGCUUCCUAAUUUAUCCAACGAAGGUUAUCCAGCUGCGUUUCCGUUUUUCUACAUCAAACCCGAUCAAAACGAAAAGGUUUUGAGAAAGUUCUUCCCUGAGGAAUAUGGCCCCGUAACCAAUAUCGACCCGAUCGGAAACUCCCCCGUGAUUAUCAGGAAGGAUUUGCUGGAAAAGAUUGCUCCUACAUGGAUGAAUGUUUCAUUGAAGAUGAAAGAAGAUCCUGAGGCGGAUAAAGUUUUCGGAUGGGUGCUAGAAAUGUAUGCUUAUGCAGUUGCUUCGGCUUUGCACGGCGUGCAGCACGUUCUUCGGAAAGAUUUUAUGUUGCAGCCACCAUGGGACUUGGAGAUUGGUAAAAAGUUCAUUAUACAUUAUACUUACGGAUGUGACUACAACUUAAAGGGCGAAUUGACUUAUGGUAAAAUUGGUGAAUGGCGAUUCGACAAGAGGUCACAUUUACGUGGACCUCCUCCGAGAAACAUUUCUUUACCCCCUCCUGGAGUUCCUGAAAGUGUGGUAACCCUAGUAAAGAUGGUGAAUGAAGCAACUGCUAACAUUCCAAAUUGGGACACAACAUAGAUAUAAAAGAGAUACAAGGUGCCCAAGCUUUUGGGGAUAUUUCUAUAGAUGUUUAAGGCCAUGAUAGUGUUAUAGAAACCAAUUGAAUUAUGAGGAAAUUGCACAAACGACCUUGAACUAUGAACUUUAUUACAAUCAUACCCUUGAACGUUUCAUUUGAGCAUUCAACCUCUCGUGUUUUGUCCA